UCAAAACCCACGUGACGUGAGAUAACUGUCAUGGCGGCGUCCUCGUGUCGUGCGUGGUUCUUGUCAAAACUAAUUUUACUAUAAGUGUUCACGUAACUGCAUCGAGUUCAGGUAUUUUUUUUUGUUUUUUAUUUAAUAAUAUAUAAAGUAAAUCAUCUUGAAUUAUUUGAGAACAACUUGUAUUAGCGUGUCGCGUGCUGUGAAGUUCACAUCAAACCGUGUAGCUGCACGUUUUACUUUAGCGGUAGAAGAAACUUGUAUGUGUGCCAGUUUAUAGUGAAAUGUCGACAAAGAAGAUGAAGCCGAAAAACAAGCGUAGCUUCUCUGGGGUGAAGAAGAGGCCAGUCAAACGGAGCAUUGAUAUGAGAGGAAAGUGGAAAGCUGUUGAACUCGACCCAUGUCUUUUCUCAGAAGAAGGCCUUGAGGGCCUGGUGUGUUUCGAAGAGCUGACAGAUUACCGUUUGGUCGACAGCGAGAAGGCUGCAGCGAAAGAUCAGAAAAAGUCAAAGGCGAAGAAGAGAAAAGUCGAGGAGCCAGGAGAGGCUGGGGAGAAUCAAGAUGCUGAAGGUACAACUGAACCAGCCAAGAAAAAARUUAAGAAAUCGAGGAAGAAUAAAAAGACUGUUUCAGAUAAUAAAAAAGACGUGACACAUGAGGAUAAAACUGCCAGUGAGGAGGAAGAGAAAACUGAGGCGUCAAAGGAAACGUCAGAUGUGCCUGAAGACACACAACCUAGUAAAACAUCCAAAAAAGACAAAAAGAAUAAAAACAAAUCCAAGCAGCAGACGGACACAGAGAAACACUCAGACUUAAACAUUUCAAAAGAACUCAGUCAAGAGAAACGGACAAAACCUUCAAAACAGCGAAUAAAUAACUGGACACACGCAGCACUUUCUGCUUCUCAUGACACGAGUUGUGAUGUGAGUACAUGGAAGGACUUGUUUGUGCCCUCCCCUGUGCUCAAGGCCCUCAGCAGUCUUGGAUUCAGUUCACCUACACCAAUCCAAGCCCUGGUUUUGCCUCCAGCUAUCAGGGAUGGAUUGAAUAUUCUGGGAGCAGCAGAGACUGGAAGUGGUAAGACUUUGGCUUUUGGGAUUCCCAUGAUCCACAGCAUCCUGGAGUGGAAGAACAGCACGGAGAAAACUGCCGACGAUGACGCCGAACCGGCUGCCGUGGUGGAGAGUUUGUAUUUACCAUCUGUGGACAGGCCCGCAGAAACAGAGGACCAGGAUAUGGAGGAUUCAGAGGAGGAGGAUCAAGAAGAUGUCGAUCGGACUCCAGAUGACACCGAGGAUGAAGAUCACGAUGAGCAGCUUGGUUGUGUUAAACUAACUGAAAAUGUCAAGUUUGACCUUCAAGAGAAGCUUUCUGAUGGCGGGAGUCAACCUCUCCUUGGGCUGGUUCUCACCCCGACCCGGGAGCUGGCUGUUCAGGUCAAACACCACAUUGAUGCCGCCACUAAAUUUACAGAUAUUAAAACAGCCUUAGUUGUGGGAGGAAUGGCACAAACGAAACAAAGGCGGAUGCUGAACCGCAGGCCAGAAAUCAUCAUUGCCACACCAGGGCGUUUGUGGGACCUGAUCAUGGAGCGGCAUCCUCAUCUACUGAACCUCAGACAGCUGAAGUGUCUGGUCAUUGACGAAGCRGACCGAAUGAUAGAAAGAGGUCACUUUGCCGAGCUGGAGAAUUUGCUGGAGAUGCUGAACAAGACGCACUUCAAUCCCACGAGACAAACGUUUGUGUUCUCUGCCACUUUGACGAUGGCUCACAGUUUGCCCAGCCGCCUCYUGCAACAGAAGAAAAAGCUGGACAACCGGAGCAAACUGGAAAUUCUCAUAGCUAAGCUGGGGAUGAAGUCCAAGCCCAAAGUCAUCGACCUCACCAGGAAGGAGGCCACGGUGGAGACGCUGACUGAAACACAAAUCCACUGUGAGAAGGACAACAAGGACUUCUACCUUUAUUACUUCCUGCUCCAGUACCCGGGCCGCACCAUGGUGUUUUCAAAYAGCAUCGAGUGCAUCAAGAGGCUCACCUCCCUGCUGGAGAUCCUGGGUUGUUCUCCUCUGCAUUUACAUGCUAACAUGCACCAGAAACAACGGCUCAAAAACCUGGAAAGGUUUGCUGAGAAAGAGGACUGUGUUCUCUUGACUACUGAUGUCGCAGCAAGAGGCCUGGACAUCCCCAAUGUUAAACAUGUUAUUCAUUACCAGGUUCCUAGAACAUCAGAGACUUAUGUUCAUCGGAGUGGCAGAACAGCUCGAGCCACUAAAGARGGCCUCAGUUUGCUGCUCGUAGGCCCCGAUGAUAUGAUGAACUUCAGAAAGAUCUGCAAGACUCUUGGCAAGGACGAGGAACUUCCCAUGUUCCCUGUAGAAACCAGGUGCAUGGAGGCGAUCAAGACACGAGUAAAUCUUGCCAGGCAGAUAGAAAAGAUCGAGUACUUCAACAACAGAGAUAAACGUCACGACUCCUGGUUCAAAAAAGCUGCAAAAGACCUGGAGGUGGACCUGGAUGAUGAUAUUUUACUUGGCGGCGCUGAAGACGACGAUGCAGACCGGAGGCAGACGAAGAUGCUGAAAGGGAUGAAGAAGCACUURAAGCAUUUGACCUCGCAGCCUUUAUUCAAGAAUGAGAUGAAAACAAAAUAUCCCACUCAAAUGGGGAAGCCCCCCGUCUCCAAAAUACCAGUUGUGAGGAUGGAAAGUGCCUUGACCAAAGUUUUAGAGCAAAAAGAGAAACAGAAGCUCAAGAAAGACCUUCCAAUAAAGUUGGAAAAACAAAAGAAGAAGAAGAAGAAAGUAAAGCAGCAGCAGUUAAAUGUUAAUGAAACUGAGUGAACUGUCGUUUAAAGGUUGUAGAAUUUCUAUAAAAAAAAUUGUUAAUUCAUCCAAACAAAUGCCAGUUGUGAAAGAGGCUUUUGUCACGUUGCCUAAUAAACAAAAACUAAGAUUUUAAAAUAAAAAAAAAAUCUUGACAGUCA